UUGUGGACGUGAUGGCUUUUAUUAAGCGCAUGGUGUGUUUGUCGUAAUCAACGUCGUCGAAUAACAGGAAUUUAUAAUGUUGCUCGUCGUCGUAGGUAUCAAACAGGGAAUCUCCCCGCAACAUAAAUGUAUUAUAUUUCAUAAAUAUUUCCUGUAUUGCGAAUUCCGUUUUCCCUGUUUUGGUUGGACCUACGACGAAUAGGUUACCCAUUCGAUAUCUGUCCCCUGACGCGCACUUGAUCCACUUUCUAAUCGUCUUAAUUUCUUCCAUGUCUUCUUUCCACGGCAGUAGGUCAGUCUUCGUAUAAUGCUCCAUGUCAAGUCUUCUGGCAUUUUUUCUCAUCCAACGGGCUUUGAUGCGCCCCUCCUGUUGAAUGUAUUUCUCUGAAUUGAUCUCCAUCAGGUUUUGUUCCAGCUCUUUAUAAUCUCUGUAGGAGUCCAUGUCAUUUAACGCAUUUACCCAUGUUUGCUUCAAUUCUUCUUUCUUAGUCGGAUCCCCCUGGUACAUUCCUUUCCCGUUCUUCGUUAUGUACUUUAUCAGUGCAGAGAUAUCCCCCGUUCUCGAGGUGUAUGAGUUAACGCGAGAAUACCAGAACGUUUGCCUGGUUCCGUCCGAGUGUGUAAUGAUUGGCCUGGCAUUGAACGACCUGGGGCGCUUCAAUACGAUUAGGGCGUGCUGAUGUGGUCGGGGAUUCGUGUCAUCGUGUUCUACAGGUGAGAUGUGAGCGUAUUGUACGUUGCUUGUUGCCCCGGCCAUUCUAUCUAUUAUUUCCUUGAACUGGGUCUGAUUCGCAACUUCAUCACCCCAGAGAGUGAGAUACAUAUACUUUGACGUAAAAUGUAAAGCCUUAUCAUGUUUUAAUGUUUCUUUUAAACGGGUUUCGUCUAGCUUACUCGGUUCACUGUUAAAAUUAUCUGUUGACAUUGUUUGAGAAAAAAAAGUUGCAUGUCUCGAUAGUCGAACUAUUUACGUGUUGCGAUGAGGAUUUCACACGUGUUGAUUACGUGUUAUUCGCGUCACUGAAAGGAGGUGAACUAUUUAAUGAAAACUGGUGAAUUCAUAACGAAGAAACGAUGUCGAAUAUGAACAGACCAAAGGACGAUAUAUACGCGGAUGUUGCCUCGAUGGAUGUAAUGGAUGUCUACACAGAGUCUCGAGCCGAUCCAAAUGUUAAUUCCUUCCUCAAAAAAUUCUUCUACACGAUGAGGGAACCAUCUUAUAUUGAUUGGAAACUUAAUAAUAGUGAUAAGAUAAAGAACGAUGAUGAAAGACAGGAUUUAUUGAGACAGAAGCUGGAGAGUAUCAGGAGGUGCGAACGAAUGUCAGAAUAUCUGGAUGAAAUUAAUAUUGGUCUUGCCUCUUUUAACUCCUGGAAUAGAAAAUUCGCGAAGAAAUUGAAUCAGAAAACGAUUAAUCAGAGUACGAUUCCGGAAUGGGUUAGACGCUGUUCCAGUAGAGAGAAGGAAAUUGCCGUUGUGGAGGAAAGGGAACGCGGUGCCCUGCUCAGUGUCUCUGAAAAGGGUGACAAGGAAAAGAAGCCCAAGAAGGUUGAUAAAGAAGACUAAACAACUAAUUUAAUCCUUUUUGGUCUUACUGUAUUUAAAUAAUAUUUAUAUUUGAUAUUCAUACAAUGUCAAUGUUUAAAUUCGAAACCCGGUGCAUGGGGUAAAAUGUUUUGUUUCAAUUAUAUAUUCGGGAACGCCCGUUGAGCGACUUCUAUUCAUUGAGAAAAUAUAUAUAUAUACAAUAAAAGAGGAAAAUUAGAGGAGAAAUAAUUAAAUUAAUUAAAAUUUUCUUCAACGUAAAGGGUGCUAAUUUCCUGAAUUGUUCUCUCCAGUUUAUCAAAGCGGACAAGGUAGCAUUUGAUAUCUUCCAAAAAGAAGGGGAGAUAAUUAGCCAGACUGGAAUUAUAUUCAUACUCCUCGUUGAAAUCGAGGCGCCUCACCCAAUAAAACAGAGCAAUGAGGAGGCUUUCCCCUUCCCUGGUAAUAUUAGAUGAGAGAUGGAGUCUAAUU